AUGUUUCGCUCUUCCAUUCUAUCCAUUCUUUUUGGCGCCCUGCAGGUCACGGCGCAAACAUGCCAGCUACAGUUCGACGGACGAGUUCCAAGCAACUUCACCUCUAACCAAUUCGAUGUGGAAAAUGGAUUAUUCAAUCCUGGCUUUGUAAAGGGCAAAGGACUGAAAUUCAGCGAAUUGCUCGAGAUCACUGAUCAGACCACUCUUUUUGAUGUCAAUUCUGUACCCGUGUACUUGACCAUAAAUGACUCCUCCAUCUUUGCUCCCUCGGAGACGAAUGUGCAAAAAGGUUUCCGUCGUGCGGAGCUACUUCCGGCUUCCAACAGUGGCUCAGAUCCGUCGACGACCGGCAUCAAAACGCUGCACUUUAGCCUUGCCAAGGACCCUGCCCGGCCCUUGAACUUCUCUCACGAAUACCAACUUGUCUUCCUCGAGAGCGCUGAUUACUCUACCAACCAGUUCGUUCUCAAGACUGGCACCAUCCUUGGUGGAAAUAUCUCUGAGCCGGACAGCCUCCAAGUUUAUGGCAACGUCAACAAGGGCGCUCCUCUCCUGUUCCAGGCUCCAUUCAGCGAGAGCGUUAUCCACAAUUUUGCCCUCAAGCUCGAUUUCAACGCUUUGACAACUCAAGUCUAUUACUCCCAAGAUGAUGAACCAUUGAAGCAGGUUACCAAAGCCACGUCCAACGACGUGAGUGGCCAAGGUCAAUUCCAUUUCGGCAUUCUCAAGAAGCCAACAGGACCUGCAGAGGAUAUCACGAGGGAAGGAUACCAGCCGAGCGGCAUUGAAGAGGCCAUUCUUUACGGUGGCAUUUUCGAGGAAGAUAGCGCAGAUGGUUGUAUCAGCCUCUCACCCGAGAUCGCCUGCCAACGCAAGGCUCACUAA